AUGCCUUUGUGUCUGGCCUUAAGGCGCACCCGUAUUUUAAACCUGAAUACUGAACGCGAAAAAAUUUUGUUUAUUUUGCUCGAAUUCACGCGCGAGAGAAGUACGUGCGAAACCAUCGUUGACCUACUGGUAGAAUCGAAUCAAAAUGGCGUUGCUCAAAUAAUCCUAAAGUGUAACACUUCGAUGGGACCCAACAGUCCAAAAAAUUCCACGGAAAUUGCAGUGACCAAAUGCAAGUCACCGAAAAAAGGGAGCAAUUUUUAUCCGAUGCUUAAAAUGCCUCGUGGUAAAUUUAUCAUCAUAAACAAUAUAAAUGAGCUAGCGAAGGAAACGCAAAGGUUUAACAGCGUGUUCAGUCAGUUACAUUUUGACAUUUUCGUAUAUAACCAUUUGACCGCCGUUGACAUCGAAACAAACUUGCGCCAUAACAGCCGGAUCAUCGAUAAAAAUUGCGACGCUUUCGGUCUAAUGAUUAUAAGUCAUGGCGAGGACGAGCGGAUUUUGGGGACCGACGCCUGUAAUGCGGUCGACAGCUUAAGAGACGACCCCUUUAAUAUCCAGGCAACAAGCAAACAAACGUAUUUCGACAAUGGCAUCACAUAUUUUGGUCAGGCACUAAGCCACUCGAUUGCACAGUACGCCUGUGAGGAGUCAUUAAAUUCAAUUAUGUGCAGGACCACAAAUUUAUUAAGACGAUUUUGCAUACAAAUGGGUUUUAAAUUGACGGGUGCCCCGGAGAUUACGAGCAGGGCCGCUUUAGAAGUCUAUUUUAAUCCUUGA